AAAAUAUCUAUAAGAUUCAAGCUACCAGCAAGUUCCCCUUCGAGGCUAUGCAGGGGGAUGAUGCUUAUUAUACUCUUUAUAAGGGUUACGUUAAAGAGAAAACAUUUGCUGUUGCAAAAUGGGGUACUGGUCUGGUUACUACAAUAAAGAGAUUGAAAGAUAACCCAAAUUUCGAGGAGCCGUGGUUGACAGAAAUCAAUACUUUAGGAAAACUUCGUCAUCCUAAUAUCGUACAACUAAUUGGAUAUUGCUGUGAAAAGAAGCAUCGGCUUCUAGUACUUGAGCACGCACCUCAUGGACCCUUGGACCAGCUUCUGCUUGAAACAGGGGAUUCUGACUCUCAACCGCUCUCUUGGAAACUGCGUAUAAGUAUUGCUCAUGGAGCUGCCAAGGGGCUUGCAUAUCUUCACAGUCCAGGAGUAAAUGUUAUACAUCGUGAUGUCAAAAGAUCCAGCAUAUUGAUUGACUCAGAAUACAAUGCAAAGCUCUCUGGUUUCUGUUGCGCUAGGAAUGGACCAGAAGAUGAAAGAUCCCAUGUUACUACACUUGUUCGCGGAACAUUGGGUUAUCUAGAUCCCGAAUAUUUUCAUUCAGGUGAAUUAACAAAGAAAAGCGAUAUCUACAGCUUUGGAGUUGUCCUCCUGGAACUUUUGACAGGACGAAGAACAAUUGAACUUUCAAAAGCAGUCGAGGAGAGGAAUCUUGCCUCCUGGGCUGUGUCUCGGCUAAGCGAAGAGCAUGUGAUAAUAUCGGAUAUAAUGGAUGCACGUAUAGAAGGCCAAUACACUGUAGAAGAUGCAUCAACAGCUUCUUCCCUCGCACUUAGAUGCAUCUCACAAGAUUCCAAAUCAAGACCUGAUGCAAAGCAAGUAGCAGAAGAAUUAGAGCAGCUUCUUUCUUUGAUAAACUUGAAGGAUACACACCCAACAAGAACGACUUGAGCAAGUCAACUGCAAGAAGUUACAAUAAAAACAAUGAUUAAAUGUAAUCGAUAUAGUUGAGUUCUGUCAUUUUUAUAGAAUAUUUAUGGUGCCAAUAAACUACAACUCCGCUGUAUAAUAUAUUUCUCCAUGUUAAUUUUGUUUAAAAACCCGUUUAUCUUAU